GCAAACGGACAGACUGUGUUCUCCUCUCCACACAAAGGAAGAUCCCAGGUAUAUAGUGUGGACAUGGGGCCGUCAAUGCCCCGCGGCUGAGGGAAAACAGGCGUCUGAUGGAGAGGCUGCAUUGUGGUGCGUUUACGGACCGGACUGUGGAAGGAAAUUACCAAAACCCAAGAAUGUAAACAGACAACUUCCGAUAAUGCUAACUGAAAAACUGCAAAUGGAUAAGGAGGAGUUCUCAGCAGCUACGAUGGAAUCCAUGAAAGCAUCACGGACCAGCUGUAAUCUGAAGGGAUGUGUGUGAGACGACGGAGGACUUCUGUUGUGUUGUUCGUGUGCUUCAUCGAUGGAUUGGACUGCUAGCUCGGCCCUGCGGGGGGGCGGUGGCAGCAACUACAGUGCUGACACCCCGCGUCCGAGCUUCACUCACCAGCUGAACACCGCCUCACCUGUGGUGCCAAGGGUUGUUUCCAUAGUGACCAGCCUAGUGACCGCCACCACGGAGGCCACAGUGGGAAACACAUCGGCGUUCGGCGACCAGAGAGGGAGCGAGCUGAGCAUGGCGUCGACCCAGGCGGUCCUGAGCGCGGCGGAGAGUAACUCAGUCCUGCAGGGCGUCGCGGUGGCCACGCAGGCCCUGGUGCUGCUCUGCAUCUUCCUCCUCUCCAGCCUCGGCAACUCGGCGGUGGUCAUCGUCAUCAUCAAACACAGACAGCUCCGAACUGUGACCAACGCGUUCAUCAUGUCGCUGUCGCUGUCCGACUUCCUCACCGCCGUCCUGUGUCUGCCCUUCUCCUUCGUCAUGCUCUUCAGUAAGGACGGUACCUGGAUGUUCGGGGACGGUUUCUGCGUGGCCAACGGAUUUUUCAACACCUGCUUCAGUAUCAUCUCCACCUUGACUAUGACUUUGAUAUCCUUCGACCGGUACUACGCCAUCGUCAGACAGCCCCAGGCUAAAAUCGGCCGCCAGAAAGCCACCCAGCUGUUGAUAGCUGUGUGGAUAGCUGCGGUCAUUUUUUCCCUGCCUUGGUAUCUGUUGGUCCGAAACCCUCCAGAAAUCCAUAAGCGGGGUUUCUACCACUGUAUGUAUGUGUUCCACUCCGGGACCUCACGCAUGGGGACGACUUAUAGCAUCUGCCUUAUCGUCGUGUGUUACUUACUGCCCUUCUCUCUCAUGUGUUUUUGUCAUUAUAACAUCUGUAAGACAGUUCGUCUCUCCGAAAUCCGAGUCAGGCCAGUCACCACGUAUGCAUACUUGCUUCGAUUUUACAGUGAGAUGCGAACAGCCACCACAGUACUUAUUAUGAUUGUUUUUAUCAUUUUUUGUUGGGGGCCAUACUGUUUAAUGGGGUUGGUUACAGCAUUGGGAGACUACACAUUCAACCCUGCAAUGGACACAGUGGCUAUCUGGCUAGCCUGGGCAAACGGAGCCAUCAACCCCCUCAUCUAUGCCCUGAGGAACCCCAAUAUAUCCAUGCUAAUGGGGCGGAGCAGGGAGGAGGGCUAUCGGACCAGAAAUAUCGCUUCGUACCUUUCUAACCAAACCCAGAACCGCGAGGCUCGGAUUAACCAAGCAGAGAGGAUAAGGGACCGCUACGUGACUCGUAUAGGGGUGAAUAACAACAGCCGAUUGUCAAGCUCGAGUCCUGCUAAAGGAGGCGAGGUGGCAAUGUGGGCAUGUAAAAACCCCGCUGUGUUCUUCUGCAGGGACGCUCAGCCCGACACGGCAACACUUGCCAACUCUGACAGUGCUCCAAAGAUGAAGACGGCUGACACCAGCCUGUGACAUUCUGAGAGAACCAUUGUUUUCUCUGAUCUGUAUUUGCUGCUGCCACCAGUUUGUGACAUUUGAGGUAAUACCUGAUAGUAUUUAUGUGCAUUCAGUACACUCAGAAAUGUUAACAUUUUUGUUCCAGGAAUCUAAAGGAUUAUUUUAGCUCUUCAUGUAUUACCAUUAUAUUAUGUUACACUGUGUGAAUACAAAGGUCAGGACUGUGAAAACCCUAUUUAACAGUCGUUUUGACAGUUAUUUUAUACAAGAAUGUCUGUAAUUCCCUCAUUGAUAAAGCAUGGGACGAAUUGCAAAGCAUUUGUGUUAAAUACAUGACAAGUUUGUUAUUGUGUUACAAAAGUCUUUUUGUCAUUUCAUAUGUAACUCAAAAGUGUUUCACAUUAGAAAGUACCACGGUCAAUUUCAUCCACACAUCCUGGACAAAAAGGUGAUCCUGGACGCCUGGGGAUUAUCUGCAGGGCUGGGUUAGGGUUAGGGUUAUCUCAGGUCUCCAAAGCACCUGUAUAGUUACCAUUCCAGGGACGUAUUCAAACCACCAACUGCUGUCUCAUCUGGAAACCAGCCUCAUCGUAAACCAGUUUAUACUCUCUGUUAGAGCAGGGUUAUAAUAAAUCGGAUGGUCUAAAAUGGCUUAAAGUCAAAGUUUCUCAAAUGUUGAUUUGUAUGUAUGAAUUACAAGACCCUAGUUACCCUAGAUCAGGGAUUCCCAAAGUGUGGAGCUGCCACCAGGGGGUGCGCGAGAUGAAACAUGUAAUGGUGGUCUGGUGUAAAAAUAUUACAGUGUUCUUUUUUAAGUGGGAUUUUUCCAUAGGCUACAAUAAAAAACAGGAAAAAUAAACAUUACCUUUGUAAUCCCUUUUAUUUUAAAUCAAAAAAUAUGAUUUAUUAGUUUUUGAUAGAAACGUAGAAGAAGACAGCCGCUGUCUUCUUCUACGUUUCACUGUAGGCUAGAAUAUAUGCGCGCCAACUCGUUUAAUUCAUUCUUUCAAAUAUGAUUAACUGGCUGAAAUCAGGGAAACUGUCAAGUGGAACGUCUCAUGACAAAGUUGUUAGUCAUGAAGGAGGAGAGGGACCAAGAGAGAGUGAGGAUUUGGAGGAAACAGACGGAGCGAAUAGGAACGAGUCAGAGAGAAGAAAAUGAGCGGGAGUCAGGAAAUGAUUGAUCCUCGUUUUUAUUUAUUGUAUCUGUUUCUGAGCCCAUGCUCUUUAAUGUU